GAGUAACACGUCACUCUAGUAAAGUGAAGCCGGCUAGGCGAUCCCUGCUCCGUCUCUGUGUCGGUCCUCCUGUGUCCACCGUACCCUCAAAUGCUCUGAUCUCUGGGGCAGAACACGAUCUUUGAGUGGAAAUAUCCAUAGCUUCAUUAUGACAACCUACCAGGAGUUUAUCCAACAGAACGAGGACAGGGAUGGAGUGAGAUUCAGCUGGAACCUGUGGCCAUCCAGUCGCCUUGAAGCCACUCGGCUCGUGGUUCCCGUCUCCUGCCUCUUCACUCCCCUCAAAGAAAGACCAGACCUACCCCCUGUCCAGUAUGAACCAGUGCUCUGCAGCCGGGCAAACUGCAAGGCCGUGCUUAAUCCAUUAUGUCAAGUUGACUUCAGAGCAAAAAUAUGGGCCUGCAAUUUCUGUUUUCAAAGAAACCCUUUUCCACCAUCUUAUGCCGGCAUUUCAGAGGUGAACCAGCCGGCUGAACUCAUGCCACAGUUCUCUACCAUUGAGUACAUAGUACAGCGUGGGCCCCCAUCUCCUUUAAUUUUCCUGUACGUAGUGGACACAUGUUUGGAAGAAGAGGAUCUCCAAGCUCUCAAAGAGUCUCUUCAGAUGUCCCUCAGCCUCUUACCACCCAAUGCACUGGUGGGCCUCAUCACGUUUGGUCGCAUGGUCCAGGUUCAUGAGCUCAGCUGUGAGGGCAUUGCUAAAAGUUAUGUUUUCAGAGGCACCAAGGACCUCAACUCCAAACAGAUUCAGGAGAUGCUGGGUUUAAGUAAGCCAGCUGUCCAAGGACAGCAGGGGCGUCCUAUGGCUCCUCAGGACCCUGCUUCUGCUUGCAGGUUCUUGCAACCAGUACAUCGUGUGGAUAUGAACCUGACUGACCUUCUGGGUGAACUGCAGAGAGACCCUUGGCCAGUUCCUCAGGGCAAACGGCCACUGCGCUCCACGGGGGUUGCCCUGUCUGUGGCUGUUGGUUUGCUUGAGGGUACGUUUCCCAACACAGGAGCUCGUGUGAUGCUGUUUAUUGGAGGGCCGCCAACCCAAGGCCCUGGCAUGGUGGUGGGAGAUGAACUGAAAACCCCGAUCCGCUCAUGGCACGACAUCCAGAAGGACAAUGCUAGACAUCUGAAAAAAGCAACUAAGUACUACGAAGCCUUGGCCAAUCGUUCAGCUGUAAAUGGCCACAGUAUUGAUAUCUACGCAUGUGCCCUCGACCAAACUGGGUUGUUGGAGAUGAAAUGCCUGUCUAAUCUUACAGGGGGCCACAUUGUGAUGGGAGACUCUUUCAACACGUCACUUUUCAAACAAACUUUCCAGAGAGUUUUCAGUAAGGACUUCAAUGGAGAUUUCCGUAUGGCUUUUGGGGGUGUUCUGGAAGUCAAGACCUCCAGGGAGCUGAAGGUUUGUGGGGCGAUUGGACCUUGUGUUUCCCUCCAGGCCAAAGGCUCUUGUGUCUCGGAGAAUGAAAUGGGCAUUGGAGGCACAACCCAAUGGAAAGUGUGCAGCCUUAACCCCUCCACCACUUUGGGGCUUUAUUUUGAAGUAGUAAAUCAGCACAAUGCACCUAUCCCUCAGGGGGGACGUGGAGCGAUCCAGUUUGUUACUCAAUAUCAGCAUUCCAACACACAGAGGAGGAUACGUGUCACUACCAUUGCCAGAAACUGGGCCGAUGCACAGUCCCAGAUUCAACACAUCGAGUCUUCCUUUGACCAGGAGGCGGCUGCCGUGCUCAUGGCCCGACUGGGUGUGUUCAGAGCAGAGUCUGAGGAGGGCCCAGACGUCCUGCGCUGGCUCGACAGACAGCUCAUCCGUCUGUGUCAGAAAUUUGGCCAGUUCAACAAAGAAGAUCCAACCUCCUUCCGGCUCUCUGAGUCACUGUCCCUCUAUCCACAGUUCAUGUUCCACUUGCGACGGUCGCCCUUCCUGCAGGUCUUUAACAACAGUCCCGAUGAGUCGUCCUAUUACAGACACCACUUUGUCAGACAGGACCUGACCCAGUCACUCAUCAUGAUCCAGCCAAUUCUCUACUCGUACUCCUUCUAUGGCCCUCCAGAGCCUGUACUCCUCGACAGCAGCAGUAUCCUCCCAGACAGAAUCCUGCUCAUGGACACCUUUUUCCAGUUGGUGAUCUACCAUGGAGAGACUAUUGCACAGUGGAGAAAAGCUGGCUACCAGGAAAUGGCAGAGUACGAGAACUUCAAGCAGCUGCUUCAGGCUCCUCUGGAUGACGCUCAAGAGAUUCUACAGACACGGUUCCCAAUGCCCCGCUACAUCGACACAGAACACGGAGGCUCACAGGCGCGCUUCCUGCUCUCCAAAGUCAAUCCCUCCCAGACCCACAAUAACCUCUACGCCUGGGGACAGGAGACUGGAGCACCCAUCCUCACUGACGACGUGAGUCUGCAGGUGUUCAUGGACCACUUGAAGAAACUGGCCGUGUCGAGCUCGGCUUAAGAUUCCCCUACACACAGCAGUGAGGAAGAAGAAUAUUCCUGUUGUGAUGUUUAGAUCCAUAACAUUUCCCUGAUUCUGUGAAGGACUCACCCCCAGAGAGGCCUGGAAGUGCUUGAUUUUACUGUUUUGUUUUAUAACAUUUUUAUGUCAAAAUAAUAAAGGAAAACUGCACAUUCCUGUAUCAAUUAGGGAGAGCAAGUAAUUUUAACAGCAUUUUAAUUACUUGGACCUAAUAUAAAAUAUAGCUCUGUUUUGUCAAAAUGAAACUGUCCUGAGCAAUAAUUAUGUAAUGAGAUAACAAAUCUGACAUGAUAUCAAUUUAAUUUUAUUAUUUUGUUUGUUUGUUUGUCCUAAAAUUAUUGUUGCAGUGUGUAGUUAAAGCUACUGUAAAGGAAAUGUGUCUGCUUUGCCUAUGUAAAAUAUAUCUUGAACUUUCUCAUAAAUUAAAUGAUACAUCUAAA